UAACAUUUGAUAUGGCGCUUGUCAUAUAUUCAUCUGCCAGAAUCAGCAGAGAGCACAAGAGACACAGCAGAGUCGAGUUUAACAGACAGAGAGUCAUACACAGGAGAAAUCAGCACACAUAAGCAGAACUCACACUGGACAAAGCAAAGGCAAUCAUCUGAUCUGUGUGGGGAUGUUUACUGAGGGGUUUAAAUACACAUACAGAAAAGUCCAUUCAUUUAACCAAUCCUAAAGCACAAGGUGGGAGUGAGGCAUGGAGGAACUAUGAUCUUCCAAUGGACAGCCAGAUGCAGGAAGAUUGCACAAUGCAGUGGGCUGAGCCUGAAAGACAAAACCUUGUGUAGGUGAAUAUACACAGAAAUCAUUAUGCAGAUGUAGAUAAUUGAGAGAUCAUUAAAGAUAGUAAACCUGUGGCAGUGGUUAUUUAUGGGGUUUGUUAAAGAGUAAACCCCCUGCCCCUCCUUCUCCUCGGAAACCUAAUGAUGUUAUGAAACAGUCCUAAUGCUGUCAGUCUCUGAUCGACAUCAGAGCAAGAGGUGCUUCCUAAACUUGGUCACAUGGUGCAUUUAAAAACAUCUGAGAAAUUUGAGGAAAAUGAUAACUCUGGAAGAUAAGACUGGACAGCACACUGAGAGGACAUUACCAAAACAAAUGGAGUCUAAAGGCAUGCCAACAUACCUGUCCCAUUCGAUUGAAGAUAUACUGAAAAGACCUUUGUGUUUGUCUGAGAGGAAAACGCAGAAGACUAAGGAGAGAGUUUCAGAAUAUAACUGGACAUCCAGCGGAAAGGAAGGACUCAAAUCUAGCCAAUAUGCAGUGUGUGAGCGGAGUCACAGGAGGGUACGAGCCACGUUCACAGUCGCUCAGCUCCAGGAACUGGAAAGAGUUUUUCAGGACACUCACUACCCAGAUGUUCAUACCCGAGACUGGCUAGCCACACAAACCCAUUUGUCCGAGGGGAGAGUUCAAAUCUGGUUUCAGAACAGAAGAGCCAAGUGGAGACGGACAAAGGUGCAGGAGAGAAACCGGGUCCAGUUGGAGCACACCAUAAACAAAUGCACUUACCCUCUCAAACCUUCAGGAUUUUUCACACCAAAGCCUUACCUGCCUGCAUCAUUCUACCCUCCGGUUCCUCCGUCUGAGAUCUGCACCCAGGAGCUGCGCCCCUUUACUGGGUCUCAUCAGUUCCAUGGGCCACUGUACCAGCCGUGGUUCUCGAACUUUAGACCUCAUCAUGCCAACACACUCAGCAAGAGCAUGUGUCUCACAUCUCAUUUAAUGCUUUAUUAAAAUCUUAUGCAAAGACUAUAUGAAGAUUUGACAUAGGGGCGUUAUUAUGUGCACAGUACUACUUUAACAAUCACUGUGUGUGUGUGUGUGCGCGUCUUUCUUUCCGCUGUAAAUGAUUUGAUUAAUCAGAUUAAACUUUUUACAAAGGCAAUCUAUAUGGCAUGAUAGUAUGCGAUAUGUAUAAUGUAAUAAAUUAACCGGUUAAAUGUGCUGAGUUCAUUUUCAUU